AGAAAUUAGAUAAUUUGAUAGAAAAAGUGCUUGAAAAUCUUUAUUAUUUGUAGUUUUUAUGGAAGUAUAUGCUUCAAGACUUGCAUCUUUUCAGUUAUCUUCAAGAAAAAAGUUAAAAUGGCCUCAUAUUCGUCCUACACCAAAAGAUCUUGCAGAAGCAGGAUUUUACUAUGAUCCAUCAUCAUCAUCACAUGACAAUGUUGUAUGUUUUCUUUGCAAAAAGGCUUUGGAUGGUUGGAAUGCAAAUGAUAAUCCUGUUAAAGAACAUAUUGAGCAUUCUCGACAAUGUGGUUGGGCAAUUCUUAAAUACAUUAAGCUCUGUGAUAAAGAGAGGAAUUUUUUUUCUGAAAAGGAGUUGCAAGAUGCUCGAGAAGCUACUUUUGGUCAUUGGUGGCCUCAUGAACAAAAGAGGGGAUGGUUUUCAAAAGUUAAAAAGAUGUCUAAUGCUGGGUUUUAUUAUAGUCCUACACUUGAUUCUAAUGAUAUGGUAAGUUGUAUAUAUUGUGGUCUUGGUCUCGAUGGUUGGGAGCCAAAAGAUGAUCCAAUGGAAGAGCAUAAGAAGAGGGCUCCUUCUUGCUUUUUUUUUCAUCAAUCAACAACUACUCGAUUAAAAGUUUCAGAGUUUAAAGCUUCUUCUGACAAAGUGAAGCAAAAUCUUGAUGUUCAAAACGAUGAUUCCUUAGAUGGUGAUGAUUCUAUUCUUAUUUCAAAAUCUAAGACGAAUUCUUCUAAAACAAAAAGGCGAUCCAUCGUUAAAAGAUCUUCUAAAAAAUCUAAAGAUAAUAAUGUGCAGCCACGGUUGAAAAAACCUCUUUCGGUUUCUCAUAAAGAUGAUUAUGAUUCUUCUCAUGAGGCUUUUUUACUUUCAGCUAUUGAUGAUAAGUUGGUUUUGGAUAAAUCAAAUUUAAUUGAAGAAAAAAAUGAUGAAAAUAACUCUAAUAAUAUUGAUAAUUUUUGUUCUUAUAAAGAGACAUGUUCGAGCUUUUCACAUACGAAUAGUCCUUUUGGUAAUUCUGAAUUUCCGUUUGCUGGGAAGGAAAUUAUAAAAACUUCCAAACUAAAAAAUACAAGACAGUCUCAACAAAUUAAGAAAGAGAAUGAUUUAAAUAAAUUGUCAUUUGAUAAUAAACAUAAAUAUAAUACGAAUAUUAAUACUAAUGCUACUAAAAUCCAAAAAAAUGCAAGUAUUAUAGAAAAUAAUAAACAAAAUGAUCUUUCUAUGAGAUCGAAUAAACGUUUAACUAGAUUAGGUGUUAAAAAUGAUAUCUUUGAAAGUUAUGAUUCCGAAGGAUCACAAAAUGGGUGUAUUCUUGCUAAAACGACCUCAAAUAAGUUUCAUAGAAAAACUAGUUUUGUAAAAAGCGCUAAAUCAGGGGAAAAAAUGUCUUUAAGAGGUAUGAAAUUAAGUUAUGAUAAUGAGGAAAAACUGGUAUCAGAAUCAGAAAAUCAGAAAAUUAAAAAAAGCUUUUUACGUCCUAGAAAAUUAUCUAGAGUCAAUACACAAACAGAUGAACUAGAAGAUCAAAUAAUAUCUACAAAAGAUUCUGAUAUUAAAAAAAAAACUAGACUAAAUCGGAAAACAAAUGAGAUUGUUAAUUUUAAAGAAUUGAAAAAUGCUUCUAAAUUAACUUCAAAAUUAUCUGAAGUUAUUCCUUUACAGUCUGUAAAUAAAGGAAACAAUUAUGAAGAAAAUGGAGAUUCUUUUAACCGAAAUGAAAUAUUUAAUAAUUUUGUUGUGAAGGACAGUUUUGAUGAUUCAUUACAACAAAAAUCUAAAAGAAUAUUUGAUUUUGAUAUUCUUGAAAGUGAAACAAAAAAGGCUAAAGAUAUUUCUAUAUCAGAGAUAUUUAAUAAUAAUACUGAUAAAAAAACAUGCAAUUGGAUUCCAAUAGAUGUUGAAGCUCUUGUUUUUAACUCUUCAAGUGAUAUUUUAGCUAAUUCUCAUGAACUUACUGUUGCAGAGUUAGAUAUGACAAUAGAGGAGUGGAUGAAAUCUAUAAUUCAAAAACAAGUUGAAAAGUUAGAAAUAGAAUGCCAAAGAAUGAUUUCUAUUCUAAAAAAAGAAGGGGAAAGAGCAAAACAAGCUAUUUUGAGCAUUCAGGAAUUAUAA